AUGGCUAAGACGUUUGGAUCUUUUGGUUACAUUGUGGACUCUUGUCCUCGUAACAAGACAGAGUACACAACGUCGGCUACCAGACUGGGAUGUGGUGUGGAUGAAAAUGGGCGGAGUCAGUACGUCUGUGUUCCCAACCACCAGAGGUCAAGUCUAGUGGAAUUCUGUUAUAAGUCAACCACUGGACUGUAUGAAAAAGGAAAUUGUAUAGAGAUUUACGAAAGUGGAAAUUUGGAUCAAACAAGCUGUCAUAACUUCACAGAUGGAUGCCCUGAUAACCAUUUCUUUCUCUCUGACCUGUACAGAUUCCCACAAUGUCACAGAAUAAACCCCUUGGAAAGGUGCUUUUUUGCAGAACCUACAUGUCCUAACGUCAAGAAACACCCUGACAAACCCUUGGAGAAUAGAACAUUACACACGGGGACUGUAGCAGGAAUCACUAUAGGAGUUGUUGGUGUCAUUUUGGCUGUCGUGUUAGUGAUAUUCAUGUUAGCAAAAAGGAGACAAAAAGGCGGCAAAGAUCCAAGCAAAAUGGAAGGUGCCAACGAAGAGUCAGAGAGGUUAAUUUUAAUGAAAACUGGCAAAUAUCAUGAAUAUUCAGAAGUCGACAAAAGUCUUCUUUACAGUUUGCUGUUGUGUGACAAGUACACUGCCACUGUAAAUAGGGAGGCGUUCAAGUCAAUAUUGAUAAAGAUACGAAAAAGAUAUUUUCCAAAAAUGUCUGCGUCUGAUGAUGUUGAUUGGACAUCCCUUCAGCGUGAGGUCAAGAAAUCACAUAAUGGUGAGGCAACGUUUAUAUCAGACGAUAUCCGACAUGACGUCAUGUACGCCUUUGUUACGGAGUGUCUGGUGGAGGACAGUGAUCUGGAGUUUUUCCUGACCACGGCGUCACGUGACGUGAUCUCAGAAUAUUGCCGGUCAGCGGAGUAUGAGAGGAGUGAGGGAGAGAGAUGUUUGUAUAUACCGGACAGACCGGAGAAGAUGUACGACCUCUUCAUAAACAAACUACAGUUGGACAUCAUCACACACUGUACCGUGUGUGACAGGGGGAUUCAUGGCCGUAUCAGUGAACGUUUCGGAGUCCCUAUGGAAGUACUAUAUUGGGACCAUAUGGCCAGAGAGCGGUAUGUGGAGUACGCUAAGAGAGGAACACAGACAGUCCACCACGCCCGGGGGAUGAUUGUAGGAUGUGCUGGGGCGGGGAAAACCACGCUACUGAAACGUCUGCUCCGAUGUACUGAAGAAGAGAUUAAGGAAGUAAAAUCUACUGAGGGAUUGGAGGUGCAUGAGGAGAUAUUUGAAUUAUGUGAUGAAUCAACAACAUUCAAAGCAAGGAAAAGCCAGGAGAAUCGUGAGAAAGUAAAUACUACAAAUGUUUACUCUAAGACUCUGACUCUGUUCGACUUUGGAGGACAGUGUGCGUACUACGCCUGUCACCAGAUUUACCUGACCAGGAGAGCUUUCUUUGUUGUGGUGGUGGACGCCUCUAAACAUCUUGACCAAAAGGUGGAUAAGAAAGUGUGUGAUCAAGAUGGUAGUGUGUUCUCUGGAUGGACCUAUGGAGACUACUUUGUGUUCUGGAUAAAGUCUAUACAUACUUACUGUGGUUCUGACAACCAAAAAGAUACAAAACCUGUAGUUCUUAUUGUUGCAACACAUUGGGAAGAAGGAAUCAGAAAGUUUAGGGAUAAAAAGGAACUGAUUGAGAGCUUGUGCCAUCAGUUUCCAGAGAAAUCAUAUUUACCACAUUACAUCACAGACGAAAACGUUUAUUGUACUGACGUAACUUUACCUCUCCAUGAUUUAGAAACUUGCCUUUUCAACAUAGCUUCCAAUCAACGAUGGAACGAGAAUAUUCCAAGAGAAUGGUCUUUCUUUGGAUUAGAAAUAAAUCAGAAAAAACACUCGGAGCGGAUCUUGAAGAUUUCAAAAAUAACAACGAAAGUACCGGAGAUUACUGCUAAAGGACAGAAAGGUUCUGGUAACGCUGAAAAGGGAGCUCAAGAUAUGCUGCGUUAUUAUCAUGAUGCCGGAAAAGCUUUAUAUUUUAAUGAGAAUGGUCUGAAGGAAGAGGUAAUUAUUGACGUCCAAUGGUUUAUUGAUGCAUUCAAACAUAUCAUCACAGACAAGCUUCAUUCCAAAGGUAUCCCUGUAGCCCCGGGGGACUGGGAUGAAUAUUACAAAACAGGAAAUUUGCAAGACAAGCUUUUGACAGAGAUCUGGAAACAUAAUGAUGAAGAGUUGUUUAAAAAUCUUAAGGAUGAAGAGUUGUUUAAAAAGCUUAAGGAAGAAGAUGAAAAUUACCAAAUUGAAGACGGAUCUUAUGAGAAAGAUAAACGAUAUCUAAAGUGUCAUAAAGGUACACUUCUUAACUUUAUGCAAAGACUCGGUUUGUUGGGCCUUGGUACAGAAUCUCACUAUGUUCCGUGCAUGAAUCGUAAAGAAAUAGAGGCAAAACUUCUAGAUAUCAUCGAGAAAUCUAAGAGCAAAUCAUCUGUUCUUGUUUAUCAAUUUGAAUUUCUGCCAUUUUUCUUGUUUUACCGUCUUGUUGUUGCUUGUAUGCAAGAAGAUGGUUGGUAUGUACAACAAAAUCAUGGAACAUCUUGCCUCUACAAGAACGCCGCUUUGUUUUCAUGUCUGGAAACAACCUUCCUUUUGUCCGUCACAGAAGAGUCUAUACAACUACAAGUAUUCUGCCUGAUACCAGGAUCUGCUUUGGAUAGGGUAGAAACGUGCAAGAUUCAAGGAAGAAUAGAAGAUAUGUUAGAUGAUUUAGCAGGAACAUUUCAUAGAAAAAUACA